AUGUCGAAGCUGUCGGUUCUUCUCGACCCAAUUUUUUCCAAAAUUUUGGAAAAAUACGUGUAUUCUUGGUACUAUUUGAUCAGCAAAGAUACACUUUUCCCUUCACAAUGUGAACAGGUCAGCAACUCAGUUAUUUAUGAACUCGAAAAGCGCUUGUCCCGUCAAGAUUUGACUAAUAUUUUGUUUCAUGAAAUUCCCUUUUUGUUAACAGAACAUGUCAAAAACGUGGAAGAAGCACAACAGAGAACGGUGAUUCCGCAAGGACAAAUUCUGAACGUUGACAGGAUCUACCAUAACUUGCAUCCUCAUAUUGCUUUAGACCGAGAGGAAAACGAACUCAUUUAUUGUCGUCUAAUAAUGGAAGAUAUUUGUCGUCAUCUCUUACCUGCCGUCAAUGCUAAAAGUGAAAUUGAGUAUGUUAUAUUGAGGGAAGCUUUGGCUACUCAGGUGUACAAAGCGAUUCAAAAUUUCUCCGAUCAUGAAAAAAUGUAUGAAGGUAUCCUUUUACUUUCUAACGCUUUACUACGUCCCUCUACAAGUUCUUGGGUGCUCUCUCUUAAACGUUUUUGUUGCUGGGUUUUACGAGCAAUUAAAAUUAUCUCCACUACCAGAACCCUUCCUUAUUACUCUACUUCUUGGUUCCGCUUUUAUUUUCAGUUGUUCACGAAACAAGUUAGUCAAAUUCCCUUUGACGAAACAAAGCGGCUGGUUUUUACUACUCUUUUCUACCCGUGGAUCGUGUUGCUGUCUACCUUUUUUUGUGGUAUAUUAACCUGUUUCUUUAUUGCAACAGAAUUAUAUGACAAGGGGGCGCCUGAACGCUGGUCUACUUUUGUACUGAACGAGAUAUCUGAAGCUGAAAAAAACGGUGCUUCUGCGCAACAUAUAUCACCCACCACCGGUACAGAUUAUCGAAGACAAAGUCAGCCGUCUAUUGCCAAAGUUUCACGAAGCCAGCGCAGACAAUCGGGUGCUUCGAAAAGUCUUCAUGAACUGUCGACGAAAUAUAUCCGUCAUGAAGACUCCAAGCAUCAGCAAUCAACGCUGUCUCCUGAGAGAAGGAAGCCAUCAUUAUUUAUGGAUACCAUUUCUCCUGACAAUAAUGCUUCUAUAGCUCUAUCCACAGUAACGUCUACCCCAGUUUUUUCUACAUCUCCAAGCCAAUCUUCUACUACAACUCGCCAUAAUUUACUAUCUCUUGUUCCUACGCAUUUACAGAGCAUGUCAAAGGAAAAUAUGUCACCGAAAACGAAGCGUAAUCGAACGCUUUCGACUCCUGCUGAUACGCACAAACGAGAUCCAUCUUCAAGUAUGAAUAUAAUGAUUUCAAAGCAAGCUGCACUCGAAGCUUAUGCUAAACUUCCUCUGUUACCUGCAUUGGUUGCACCUGCAAAACUUGCAAGUUUGGUGGAUAGUGAUUAUCGCAAUAAGCACAUUUUUUAUUCACUCCUAAAUACAUUAACUGUUGUGAUGUUUCCUGAAACGAGAAACGAAGAGUUAUGA